AUAAUAAGUUUGCUUAUAUGAUUAAGACUUAUCUGUUUAAUGUGUAUGAACGUAAAAAGGAGUUUACCCAAAUUCAAAUAACUGAUUCAGAGAGUAACGAGUCAAAUAACAAGUCAAAUAAUGAGUCAAGUAAGGAGAAUGUUCCAGCUUUCAAACUUAGGAAUCUGCUAAAAGUUGCUACUAAAG